AUGUUUAGGAUCUUAAAAUUUGGAAUCAAGGACAUAUCAAUUUUUGGUAACAGAAUUAUAGGAAUAAGUACAUAUGAUAUAUUGUAAUAUACAUUUUAACUGAUACCUAAUUAUGUGUAAUGUUUUUAUCAUUUAAAUGAAAAGAUUGCUUAUAAAUUGCAAUACUCAUUGGUUUAUAAUGAAAUCAAUAUAGCCAUUUAAAAGAAAAAAGGAUCGAAUUUUCAGUAGAAUUAUAUACCAAUAAAUCUAGCACUAUGAGAGUAGUCAUAGGUUUCUUUGUAUGUGGAAUCUUGAUAACGUUGAUCUUAUUAUAUUCAUUUAUAACUCCUAAAGUAAAAAAAUCUUUAAAUUUGCCUGAUGGAGAAGACUCUUAAGAGAGGUAAAGGAAAAUAGGGGCCACUUUUAAAAGUUUAGAAUGUGCUAUCAGUCCUAAAAUAUAACAUUCAAAACUUUAAAGUUUUGACCAAACAUCAAAUUUUGAUUUAAAGAAAUUGAGAAAUUGA